CCUGAGGGCCUGGAAAAAUAAAGUUGUUUUGAUUGUAUCUGAACGUUUGAUUUAUAAACAGACUUAAUAGAAUGUGUAGACAAUUGUGUUAAAGUCAGAGUGGUUAAUGAAUAAACAGAGCAAAUUGUGAUAAUAUUUUGAAGCAAAUAUAAACUUCGGAGAUGCAUACAAGUUGGAGAGAUUGUAAGGAAUGGAAAGACACAGGUCUGGGGCUUUCUACCACCAGCAAUGAUGCUGCUAAACUCUAUGAUGCAGUUUUAACUCAGUAUGUUAGUUGGUAUGAUGAGCCCAGUGUUGGAGGUAUUGAAGAAUCUUGCAGCAAGAUGCUCACUUCAGACCCAAAGUUUGUUAUGGGUCAUGUAUUAUGCAAUGGACUGGACCUGAUGGGCACAGGAAGGUCCACUCAGCUGGACCAAGAGUUUGCAAAAUCUCUACAAGAUAUGAGCAUAUUAGCUGAGAGCUCAAACCUCACUCAGCGAGAAAUAAAACAUGUCAAUGCAGUCAAACUAUGGAGUGAUGGAUUCUAUGCAGAUGCAUGCAACACAUGGGAGGAUAUAAUGGUGGAGAAUCCACUGGACAUGCUAGCAGUCAAGUUUGCCCAUGAUGCCUACUUUUACUUGGGUUACCAGCCACAGAUGAGGGACUCUAUAGCCAGGGUACUUCCACAUUGGAAACAAGAAAUGCCAUUGUAUGGGUACCUAAUGGGGAUGUACUCGUUUGGCCUGUGUGAGACUAACAUGUUUGCUAAGGCAGAGAAAGUGGCUCGAAAGGGGCUUGAUAUCAACAGUCGUGAUGCUUGGUCGACACAUUCCAUGGCCCAUGUUCUGGAAAUGACAGGACGACAUGAUGACGGUGUAGCUUUUAUGAGUUCAACAGUGAAUGAUUGGAGCCCAUGUGGUAUGUUGGCAUGUCAUAACUUCUGGCACUGGGCAGUGUAUCACAUAGAGAAGGGAGAACCCUCAGGCGCCAUGGAUAUAUUUGAUUCAGAGAUCGGACCUCGCUGUAUUAAAUCUGGAGCCAUGUUGGACAUUGUAGAUGCAUCAUCUAUGUUAACAAGACUCAGCUUUGAAGGUGUCCCAGUGGGAGAUAGAUGGCGUGAGGUGUAUGAAACAUGUAAACCCCACCAGAAGGACCACAUCCUAGCGUUUAACGAUGCACAUGUAUUAAUGUCUUGCUUUGGGGCCAAUGAAUCAAAAGCGGCUAAUGAGAUGUUGGACUCACUUCGGGAAUAUGCCAGCAGUGGCUGCGGAACAAACUGUGAUGUUAGUAAGGAGGUUGGACUUGCAAUAUGUGAAGCCAUUGCAGCAUACAACAACGAGGAGUAUGACAAAGCUGUGGAUUUGAUGAUCAAUAAACGUUAUCAGAUUGUCAAGAUAGGUGGCAGUAAUGCUCAGAGGGAUGUUUUCUCACAGUUCAUCAUCCAUUGUGCACUGAAGUCAUCCAAGAAGGAACAUAACACACUUGCCAGGCAUCUUCUGGUUGAGAGGAAAGCUAACAGAGAGAACUCUCCACUGACAGACCGACUGAUAGCAAGAGCUGUUGCUCUGCACAAUGCUGAGUAG